GAUACUCCCCAACGUGACUGACUCUGGGUGUCUUCCCCAGAGAAGCGUCAGUAUUUACAUCAAUAUUUUCUGAAGGCAUUUCCGACACUCUCUGUUCGCCUCCGACAGGGAUUCCGCCCGUCGUCCCCCUCUCCCGCUCCGUGCAAGGGGGGCGAGCUCCGUCCGUCUUCGUGUGAUUUGGAGCGGACUCCUGUGAUGUUGCUGCGCGGCCCCCGUCUGCCGUGUGCACUGCAGUGGUGCGCAGCGUCGCCUGGAGAAACACCUGUGCGCCUCCGCUGUCCGCCGGGCGGCCUCGGCCACGCAUGCUAAGUAGAGAAGAGACAACCCUAAGGCAGGUGUCUGUCUGCGUUUGUCGGAGAGAGAGAGGCGCGAAGGAGUCGCGCAAACACUUCACGGCCCGACACCAUGCAAGCAGAAACCUACACUCACCGCAGAGCGCUGAAAUGCUAGACCUGAAGAGCGAGAGUGUCACAUCCAAUCAGCAGACUGUUUACAUCAGAGGCGGCCACAGGAGCCGCUUGACACCAGACUCCAUAACAGCAAGCGAGUGGUUUAAGGCCCCCUUCAGUCACAAUCAAGAAACGACGCAUUAACCGAUCCUUCAUCACCACUUUGUACUUCUGUUGGGUUCAGCAGCCCAGAGGCGAGCUGAGAUGGAGUGGUCGCUGGAGAGCGUGAGGGAGAUGGUGGCUGGCGGGAUGCAGUCUGUGAGGGAAUGCGAGAUCUGUGUGUUCGCCAUAGCCAUGUGCGUGCUGCUGCUGUUCAUGUGGUACUGCUAUAGAGUGGGCCGCGAGCACGGCACCAGCCCCUUGCGAGGGAGGUACCUGAGCGGCACCAGCCGGAUCGGAGGGGUGGUCGGGGGUUUCAUGAGCUCAGACUGUCGGGGCAGGGGCAAAGGGAAGCACGGGUCACUUCUGGAAGAGCAGAACGGCUUCGCCUUCUGCCAGUCGUCCGAGUGCUUUCGUUGCACCAGCGCCGGCGAGAGCCUGAACCAGAGGCUCUACCACAGCCUCCAGGAAUACGCCAAGCGCUACACCUGGUCCGGUAUGGGCCGCGUGCACAAAGGAGUCCGCGACCAAGGCCGGUACCUCAACAGCCGGCCAACUAUCCAGCGGCCCGAGGUCUUCUUCCUUCCCGACCUGCCCUCGGCGCCGUUCUUCUCCAGAGAAGUGCAGAGACACGACGUGGAGCUGCUGGAGCAGAGCUUCCCCGCCCUUCUGGCCGAGUUUGAGAGCAUCUAUCACCAACCCCCGGCCCGCAGCGGCUCUUCCCUCCCGCCGGGCUGGAAGGCUAACGGCACGCCUCGCGGUCAAUGGUGGACUUACUACCUGGUGAACCAAGGCACCCCUUUGGUCCUCAACGUCAGGAGAUGUCCGCGCGCGUGGCGGGUGCUGGGUCAGCUGCGCACUUUCAUCGCCAACAAUGUCUUUGGAAAUGCCUGCUUCUCCGUGCUGACGCCCGGAGCUCUCAUCACGGAACAUUACGGUCCAACAAAUGUCAGGCUGCGCUGCCACCUGGGUCUCAGAGUGCCUCCGUCCUGUGAGCUCGUCGUCGGUGGAGAGCCACAGUGCUGGUCUGAGGGCAGCUGUCUGCUUUUUGACGACUCCUUCCUCCACAGGGCGUUCCAUGACGGCAACCCAGAGGACGGCCUCAGGGUGGUGUUCAUGGUGGACCUGUGGCAUCCCAAUGUGGCUGCUGCCGAGAGACAAGCUUUGGAUUACAUUUUUACCCCGGGCCGCUUAGAGGACAGGGAAGGGAAAUAGUCGCGAGUGAGAAACCAUUAUGUUUGAGUGAGAGACCGUCGGAGUUUAGCGUCUGUACGAUUGGGGAGCGGCUCUUUCUCUGCCUCCAGACCAGCUUUUCACGUUCACUGUGUACAUAUUCUCCAGCUCUCACAGUAUUACUCAUGACUCCACUCUGCAGAUAACCAGACAUUGGGCCUCUCUUAUCAACUGCCUUCUCACCUGUGGAGCCAUAAAGCAUCACAGUAAAUUAGUACGGUCUUGUUGUAUUGCCUAUACGUAGAACACGUCAGCCAAACCUUGUCAGUUUUAAACAUUUUAAUUUUGGUAACAUACUUAAGAGGUCUCGUUGUACCUCAAGUUUUCCUAUACGUCGAUGAGUUAUCAGUGUUUAUUUCAAAGCUUCAUGUUUCCUUUCAGUUUAUCGCGUUUACACAGAUUGGUUCCUUUUCGAUCUGCAUGAACGUAUUGAAAAGUGGACGCAAUUGUCAAAGACAUUUGAAUUCAAGGGAUAUUUAAAUGUCUUUGAAACGGCGAAGCACUCCAACAGAGGUGUCUGCUUCGCUGUUUAAAAGUCAAAGAGCAGAGUAAGCCCGAUGACGAGAAAGUACACACAUCUCAAAGGAAACAUUUUGAAAUGAUAAAAUGAUGUCAAACAGCCCAUCGCCAUGGCUUUUGGCAUCCGGGAUUUCUGAUUUCUGAUUUUGUAAGGGUUAGCCGUCUUUGCCAGGGACCAGGGAGUUUCAAGAGAAAGACCGAACAGAACUGUUGCAGAAAUACGUCAUUCAGAUGGGUUUUUCCUUUUAGGCACUAACACAAAGUGAACAGGACAUAACAAGACAGAACAGAUCGCUGAACUCCAGCUGGGGGUAUUUUCUGAGCUUGAAAAUAGAACUAAAGAGGGCAACUUAAACCUGUUUUCAUAGACGAUGCUUAAGAUGCACUUGGAGAACUCUAAAGGAAGCACACACUGAAAUUCCCACCAUUAUUCAACAAUCAUGCAAAUGAUUAAUAUUUAUUUAUUUACAGCACAUUGUUUGGAUUAUAGUUUAACUAUAUUUACUGUACAUUAACCUUCAUGGUUAAGAUGCCAUUUUUCCUAAGUACCAAAACUUCUGGUUCUUAUAUCUGUUAUUUAUACUCUUCACUACGGGACCAUGCUGGACCGUUCUUGCUGUUCGAUUACAAAUGACUGAAUGUUUAUCUGCAUAUAUUUCAGUGUUGUAACUAAUCGAUCCCUACGUUGCAUUUUUCAAACUUUGGGUUGAUUUUACAGAAGCAAAAGAAAAAGGCAGUUCUGUGUAUGGACCUGGAGAUUGUUUGUUUUGGUCACCAGCUGAAGCAGCUGAGCUGUUUGGUGUAGAUAAGGAGCGGAGUGCAUGCGAGGUUUUCAAUUAACCGAAUCCAUUCGUGACAUUUCUUAGAACAUUAUGGGUCCAUAGGCCAACCAGUUUGGUCAACUAUUAAUGAAGCCUCUUUUAACAACAUGGAGAUCCUGCCUACAUUCCCAAAAGGGCUAAAAAAAACCCCAUCAUUUGGUAUUUUCUUUUAUGUGUCUCUACAACUCCAGUUUCAUUUGCAUUCACAUGUUCAGCAUUGGAGCACUGUUUACAUUUCUCUGGAUGACUGGAUUCCAGUCACAAUGUCAGUGAUUGUAUUACCCUCACAACUAGCAAAAAGUCACAAUUACGCAGUUUUUUUUUGUUUGUUUGUUUUGUUUUUGUUAACCUACACUUAAAAAAACACAAACAACAAGCACAUCGAGCCACAUUUAAGCAGCACAGAACUGUUUCAUAAACAGGAAGGGAUGACUUUUAAUUUUUAAUGAAGGGCUGGGUACAUUAAACCAGGGAAUCUUGGUUUAACAUCCAGACAAAACAGGCACUGCAAUCUUUUUUUUUUUUCCUUCUCCAUCUUUUUACGUCAGGAAUAGGAUUUGAUAACUGAGGUCCAAUGUCGGCGAUGACUUGAAUGUUUACAGUUGUGGAUGCUCUCUCCGCGCCUGCCCAAUGUGGCGGGCACUUGUGCUCCCCAUUGGAAACCAAUCCUGUUUUCACUGGACAUGGCUGCAUAAGUACAUUUCAAGUUGCAAAUCGGCCUGCAGCGAAACAACCUUUUCUUUAUUUAUUGGUGACAUUUACUAAGCUCUUCGAAUUUGGUCGUAUUUGAUAACACCAGGUUUGUAUUUCUGUAAAUACGUUUGGCGUGGAAAGGAACCCGAAACCCGGAAUGACGCUUUAACUAUUGUGUUGUCUUGAUUUUUACAGCUAAAGUGAUUGCUAAAGUCAUCCUCCGACUGAACAAGCCUACCAUGAAAAACAAAACAAACAACAAAAAAAACGACGUUUUUGAUAGAUUUGAUCGGUACGUUCUGUGAAAUGUUUAUGAAGUACUCUCUUUGUUGUUCUGUGGUGUUUUCUUUAGAUCACUGUAAUUUUGCAGCUCGGUAUAAAAGAAGGCACCGACCCGAACUCGCUCCUCACGCCUCCAUGAAUAAAAUGACUCCCCUAGGCUUUUACUCGUCCCGCUGCAGCUCAAGCAACCCGCGUUCAGUUCCGAUGUUUACAAAGCCGCGGCCAUUUACACGCCAUCGAGCGACGCCAGACGACACUGACUACUAUGUUGAGCUGUGCAUUGUUGGGUUUGAAGAUCAACAGCGACAAGCGGCGCAUGGAGAAACUUCCAGCGCGCUGGCUCUGUGCACCCAUUUUGUUUACAUUUGGAUUAAGGAUUUUGUCCUUCAACACUUUCUUGUGUGGGUUUUUGAACAGUAUUUCUGUACAUUUAAUAAAUGGUGGAGUAUCUUAUAUAA